UGGAAUUCCACAGCUGUUUUACUUGACGUUUCAGUUUGUUUAUAAAUUUUGAAAGCAAACUUUUCGUCUUGAAAAUGUCUGAAAUUCUAAAUAACAGUGACGAGUGGUCUAUUCCGUGUUUUCCUGAAAAUGAGGACUUCGAACCAACGCCCGAAGAGCUGGAGAGUAUGUACGUUGGCUUGGACAAUGGUAACAUCCCCGAAUUGCAAUGGAAAUGUCCUGGGCGUCGAGCUCAGUCCCCAGUGGUAAAGGAUGAGCCAAAAGCUCCUGAAAAUGUCGAGGCCGAACCUGUCGCCGCUAAAACUGAUUUCGAUUUCAUGGACGAUGUCGCUCUACCAACAAUGCGUGUUCGCUCGCAAAACACUGGACUAAAAGGAUCAGCGAAAAAGAAAACAGCCAACUUUGCUGGAGUUAUGGAUGCAUUGAAGAAACAACUUUCACAGAACAAAGAGGCUUCGAAUUCAUAGCAUCGAUUGUUUAUUGUUCGAGAGAGCCCUGGAUAGCAUAAAGGAAUUAGUUGGGAACACCACCAAGGAACGAAAAAGAAGGAUAACGUUUGAAUGUUUAUUGUAUUAAGCGAAGUUUAUUAUUCAAUAACAUAAUAUAAAUAUAGAUUAAAGUUA